AUGGUUGUAGUCGACGCGACGAUCACGGCUCGCACGGAGAGGUUACUGAUUCGCCCCCUCACGAUGGAGGAUGCGGAGGAUAUAGUGCUAAUGCGUAGCCACCCCGAGACGAUGAAGCAUACGCCUCUUCUACCGUCCGACGAUGUCGAAAAGUCCAGAGCCUGGAUCCAGGGCUGCUUUGACCGCGAUAACUGCUGGAACUUCGUCGUCGAGCUCCUCCCCUCUGCGCCCGGUGCGUCGACGACAUCGCCACGCGUCAUCGGUAUGAUAGGGGCGGUGCGAGCACCCGAGGUCGGAUACAUGCUCAAUCACAAGUACUGGGGCAAAGGCUAUGCGACAGAAGCAUUGCGAGGCUUCAUUCCGCUCUUUUUUGAGCACUUCGCGGGAGGCCCACAAGGUCGCUUUGAGUACGCCGAAGCACAAACGGAUCCAGAACUUGUGGCUAGCCAACAUGUUCUAGAAAAGGUCGGGUUCAAGCUGCACGAGCUGAGGGAGAAGGACUUUGACAACCCUAUAUUAGGGCUACGAGAUACCUUGGUGUAUCGCUUGUAUAGACCUGGUGGUGAAGGUCGGGCUGCUUCCGAGUAG